CCGGCAACAAGUGACCCCAGAGUCCAAGGAUCAGAUCACCUCUAACCCCCCCCAAAAAAGUCAUCAGAUUUAUUUGCCUAGCAAAUAGUUGCCAAACAAAAAAACGAAAUUGUUACCUUCCUGGCGCCAGAAAAUUCACCUGUUUUUACCGACGCCAACUCAAUUGCCGGCAAUUUGCUCAAUCCAAAACUAAAGGAAAGUAUCGUCCAAAUAAAAGCCUUAGAAAAAUGAUGAAGUUCGUGCAGAUAUUAUUGUGCUAUGGCCUUUUCCUGGCUCUGCUCUUUGCCCUCACCGAGGCACGUCCCUCGACUGGGGAAACAGGACCUGACUCCGACGGGUUGGAUGGCCAGGAAGCGGAGGAUGUUCGCGGUGCCUAUGGCGGUGGCUAUGACAUGCCGGCUCAGGCCAUAUACCCCAACAUACCCAUGGAUCGGCUUCAGAUGCUCUUUGCCCAGUACAGACCCUCUAGUUACAGUGCAUAUUUGCGGAGCCCCACCUAUGGCAAUAUGAAUGAGCUUUAUAGGUUGCCGGAGACCAAGCGCCAGGUGAGGUACCGGCAGUGCUACUUCAAUCCCAUCUCCUGCUUUAGGAAGUAAAUCCCAGACAGCCUGAUGAUGAGCAUUCCUAGUCUACCAACCAACCAACCAGCCCUUGGAUAAAUUACAACGUUUCAAGCAUUUCAACCCAAAAACCAAAGAGUUAAGCAAACAUCUAAAUUGAAUUUUAGCUAAAUGGAUCAGCAGAAAAUUUAAUGGAAAUAUGUAGUGCAAUUAAACUAAAGCUAAGACUCAACCUAUAUCCGUAUGUAUUAACAAACAAACAAAUAUAUAUAUAUUACAUAUUUAAAUGUUUCAAAGACGAGAGGGAAAAUGCUCCAUUGUAGUUUCAUAAAAGAAGACACCGAAUGAAAUGAAGUAUUUAUUUAAAUAUUAGCACAAGGAAUAUAUCCUCUUCAUUUGAUCUUUGUUUCUUGAUUUACGCUUCGCAUAUGGUGUGGUAAAAGAAAAUACUUACAAUGCUUUUCAAGCUACUUAAAUAUAUAUAUAUAAAUAUAUAAUGAAAUGUGCUUUUCUUAGUUUAAGUGUCCCAGCUCUUGUAUAAUAACACGAAUGUAAUAUGGAAAAUACCAAAUACAUGUAAUAUAAAUCUCUAAAAUGAAAUUAUAAAUGUAUACGUAUGAAAUAAA